UGUGACAGGCAAAGAUGGGUGUAAAACGCCUGGGAAUUGCCGGGGUACUUGGGGCCGCGGGCUUAACUGUCCCCUCCCUGACUCAAUCGGCGCGCCAGGGGUGAAGAGGGAAAGCCGACUACGUGUACGAGCCCGGGCGGUACGCGGCUUCCGCGACCUGCCUCCCCGCGUCCCGGGAAGAAUGGCCCCCUUUCCCCACCCCCUCCGGGUUCCCGGCAGCCCUGGCCGGCCCGCCCCCGCCGCAGCUGCUGCUUCCAUCUCUACCCCGCCCGGCCCUUUCUGCCUCGUCAUCUCCUCCCCAGCCAAGGCUUGACCAGUGAGUGGGGCCGCCGGGAGCGCACGGACCGGGAGCUCCCCGGACCCUCGGCUGCGGUGGGGAAGAGAAACUGAGUUUGGGCAAAAUCCGCGCCCCACCAAAACCAGCCGCACCCGAAGGAGCCCCCACCAUGGGCAACACGCAGGAGAGGCCAUCAGAGACGAUCGAUCGCGAGCGGAAACGCCUGGUAGAGACGCUGCAGUCGGACUCGGGGCUGCUGCUGGAUGCGCUGCUGGCACGGGGCGUGCUCACCGGGCCCGAAUACGAGGCGUUGGACGCGCUGCCUGAUGCCGAGCGCAGGGUACGCCGCCUGCUGCUGCUGGUGCAAAGCAAGGGCGAAGCCGCCUGCCAGGAGCUGCUGAGCUGCGCCCAGCGAACCGUGCGCGCGCCCGACCCCGCCUGGGACUGGCAGCACGUGGGCACGGGCUACCGAGAACGAAGCUACGACCCUCCAUGCCCAGGCCACUGGGCUCCUGAGGCAGCUGGCCCAGGGACCGCAUGCCCCUGGCUGCCCAGAGCUUCAGAUUGCGAUGAGGCCCGGGGUCCUGAGGACUCCGAGGCAGCGCAAUCCGGAACCCUCGAGGAAACUGAGCCAGAGCUGGAAGCUGAGACCCCUGAAGGGGCUGAGCCGGAGUUGGAACCCCAAAUGGAUCCUGAACCAGAGCCAGGGACAGAACCAGAGCCAGAACUGGAGCCGGAGCCAGACCUAGAGGCUGGGGACGAAUCUGAAGAUUCCUGAAAGCCUUAAAGCUGACAGGCCGCUCCUCGCCCUAGCAGGAUGGGAUCUAGGAUCCUGCCCUGCCGGGGUCAGAUGCCACGAAGGCUCCCUCUGUCCCAGUACCACUGAAAGUGAAUAAACUCUGGAGGGUCA